GGAAAAUUUGACAUUGAAUUCGCCUGGAAUUAUAUGAAAAUAUCAAAUUGAAGGAAAAAAUUAUCAUCAAGCGUAAGUUAUCGGUGAAAAUGACCCCAUUUAUCCUGUAACGGUUUCUACUGCGCUUCAACGUUCCGUUCGAAUCCAAGGUAUGUACAACCAGCAUAAAUCGAAACGGCGGUUAGGUGGUUGAAAAACGCAAAGAUGUCAUAGAAUGUUCAGCGUACGCAGGAAACAAGACGCCACAAAUUUUCAUUACUUUCACAGCGAAGACGCGGACGCCAUGAAUCAUAAGAUGGAUGCAGACGGCGUCACCGGCCAUAUGGGAGUUAUUAAAAAGCCAAGGGGACGCCUAACGGCUUACGCAUUCUUCUUACAAGCCUGCCGGGAGGAGCAAGUCCAACAGGGGCAGAUUAUCCGAUUUUCCGAGUUCGCUAGAAAGUGCGCACGGCAGUGGAAUAUGCUGCCGGAUAUAGAGAAGGAGCAGUUUUACGUGAAGGCUCAGCAGGACAAGGAACGCUACACGCAGGAGUACAACCAAUACAUAGAGGAGAUGCAAAACAGCCAGCCAUCAAAGGCCAUGACUAUGCGACGCAAAAAACAAAAGAGGACAAAGGACCCGAAUGAACCGAAGCGGGCGCUCACAGCGUUUUUCUAUUAUUGCUUCGAUGAGCGGAAAACGGCGAAGGAGUUGAACCCGCAGUUAAGCUUCGGUGGUAUCUCCAAGGUGCUCGGUCGAAUGUGGUCCGAAGCGGAUGAUGUGGUGCGUCAGAAGUACGAACAGAUGGCCGAGCGCGACAAGCUGCGAUACGAGCAGGAAAUGACGGAGUAUGCAAAGACAUGUAUUGUGGUUAAGGAUGAAGGAGGCCCUUCCGGCCUGAAUCUGCCGCAGCAGCAGGACGUUACUCCUACGCCGGAGCAGGCAAUGACGAGCAUGCAAAUAGGAGAUUUCACUUUCACCGCCCUAUAUCCGCAGAUGGAGUUGCAGGAACUGCCGGAGUACACAAUUACGUAUUUAACUGCUGACGAAAUCCUCCCACCGGACGAAACCGUCACCGCCGUCGCCACCCUGCAACAGCAGGCCAACGAAGACAUGUACGAGGGCGUGGAGUACGUCGAGGUCAACGACCACGAUUGACCCGGCAAAGAAGCAGAAGGCAUCCUAUAAUAUUAUCCUU